AUGUCAGAAAUGUCUGCUAUGAACAGAAAGUUGAUACAGACUCUGUCAGAAACAAUCUCUAAACAAGCGGGGCACUUCAGUAAAACAGAGGUUGAGUGCCUUAUCCGAGAGUUUAAUGUUCUCCUGGGCGAGUCUGCUACCGCGGGGAGAGCAGCCGUCGGCCUGGACAGAGGGAAGUUCAGGAGCAUCCUGCACAACAUCUUUGGGAUGACCGAUGACAUGAUCAUGGACGGAGUAUUCAGAACAUUUGACAAAGACAAUGACGGCUUGGUGAGUAUGAAUGAGUGGAUUGAAGGACUAUCUGUUUUCCUUCGAGGGACUUUGGAUGAAAAAAUAAAAUACUGCUUUCACGUGUACGACUUGAACGGUGACAGUUACAUCUCAAGGGAGGAGAUGUUUCACAUGCUGAAGAAUAGCCUCAUCAGACAGCCCACAGAAGAGGACCCUGACGAAGGAAUAAAAGACCUGGUGGAGAUCACACUCAAGAAGAUGGACCAUGACCAUGAUGGCAAACUGUCUUUUGAUGACUUUGAAAUGGCAGUGAGAGAGGAGAACCUAUUACUUGAAGCUUUUGGAAGCUGCCUCCCUGACACCACGAGUAUUGAGACAUUUGAGCAACAUGUAUUUCAGGAACAACUGGAACCAUGA